AACACAAUGAGUGGGUACAGUUUCUUUCAGAGAGCCUCCAGAGCUUUCAAUGACUACCCUCAUCUCCCUAAAGUUCUUGUUCUUUUCACUGUUAGUGGUGGAGGACUAGCUGCAGUAUGUCAUACUGCAUAUGCUGAUGCAGGUCAGAAUGAUGUUAAGAAGAAGAAAGUGGUAGUGCUUGGAACAGGCUGGGCCGGAACAAGUUUCCUUAAGAAUUUGAAAGACCCCUCAUAUUCUGUUCAGGUCGUGUCUCCUCGCAACUAUUUUGCCUUCACUCCUCUGUUACCUAGUGUUACCUGUGGCACAGUUGAAGCAAGGAGCAUUGUAGAACCAAUUCGUAAUAUUGUCAAAAAG